CUAUUCUAGGACCUCCUAUUGGGUCUGUAAAGGAUGCCUGAACCCUCCAAGUCAGCGCCAGCUCCUAAGAAGGGCUCCAAGAAAGCCAUCACAAAGGCUCAAAAGAAGGAUGGCAAGAAGCGCAAGCGCAGUCGCAAGGAGAGCUACUCGGUGUACGUGUACAAGGUGCUGAAGCAGGUCCACCCCGACACCGGCAUCUCUUCCAAGGCCAUGGGCAUCAUGAACUCGUUCGUCAACGACAUCUUCGAGCGCAUCGCGGGCGAGGCGUCGCGCCUGGCGCAUUACAACAAGCGCUCGACCAUCACGUCCCGGGAGAUCCAGACGGCCGUGCGCCUGCUGCUGCCCGGGGAGCUGGCCAAGCACGCCGUGUCCGAGGGCACCAAGGCCGUCACCAAGUACACCAGCUCCAAGUGAGCGCACCGACCUCACCCUUAACCCAAAGGCUCUUUUCAGAG